ACAGUCGAUAGUAAACGUCACAGAGCAACAAUCACAAUGAUUUUUUUACAUUUUAAUAAACAAACAAACGACACGGAGAUAUUCGUUUUUAUAUAAAAGUGAGGAGUGUUAAAUAAAUUGUUUAUAUAAAUAUAUAUAUAUAUAUUUUUUUGAAUAACAGAAGGAAAUGAAAAGUGUUUGGUGAUGGUGGCAUGUGAAUUUUGCGGUACCACGUUGUGGAUGGUGACCAGUAUCGGGACGACGUUUCUGACAAUAUUAGGAAACACCUUGACCUUGUGUACGAUUUUGAUGAGUAAAAAGUUAUCUUCUUUAACGGCUAAUUAUUUUAUAUUCAGUUUGGCGGUGAGUGAUCUCAUGGUGGGUGUUUCUAUACCGUAUCAUAUGUUAUUUUAUACUAAAAGUGAUUUUGGUGCCGUGAAAAUCCGGUGUCUACUUAGAUUCGUGCUGACGUCUUUCGCUUGCUCCAGCUCCAUAUGCAACUUGUUGUUCAUCGCCAUGGACAGAUAUUUGGCCAUUGUUUAUCCGCUGCAUUACGCUAGAUUUAUGGUGAAAAAAACCGCUUACGCCCUUAUAGCCGUCGGUUGGGUUGGGGCGUUUUCGGCUGCUUUCGUCCCGCUUAUUUGGAACGAAUGGACCGAGGGGGUUACUUGUGAGGUUGUUAACGUUUUCCCUCAUAAUUACAUGCAAUUUAUAUUACUGCCAAUGUUUUCGUUAAUUUGGACGACUAUGUUUCUCCUAUAUACGAGGAUUUGUCAGGAAGCUUCGGGACAACAGAAGAAAAUUAGAGUUAACGGAUUAAAGCAUCAUUCGAAAUCGUUUCAGGUGACACUGAUAAUACUUGGUUGCUUCACCAUAUGUUGGUUGCCUUAUUUUGUGAUAGUAGUAUACAUUAGAUCAACAAAAAGUUCCGAAUCCGCUACACUAUACGAGGUAUUCUUCAAUCUGGCAAUGGCCAAUUCCUGCAUGAAUCCCCUGAUCUAUGCUUGGAAAAAUAAGAAUUUCCGGAAAGGAUUUUUCAGUUUAUUAAAAUGUCGACAUCCCGAUAAGACAACGGAUUUCGUAACAAAUCACGUGCCCAGCAAGAGAAAUUCAGCUAACGCAGUUUGGAACAUUCAAUGCCACAGAGAAGAAUUGACAACUGGUACAGAAAUGUCUAAUUAUGAUGAAAAAGGUGACAACGUUGUAGUUCAAGGUUCAGAAGAGAACGAGUUAAGAAGAGAAACUAUAUAAUAAGAGAUUUCAAAUCGUAUUUAUGAUAGUUUAUUUACUUUUAUAGUUAUCGUAAUUAUAUUUGAACAAUUAUUUGUGAUUUAUAUCAUAUUGAUUAAAAUUAAAACUGAUUUUAUGAUAAAUUUCCAUGGUAAGUACCGAACCCUUUAGAACGUACAAUAAACGAUGAACAAAUAAGUCAAUCACAUUUCGAAAGGAAAAUUUUAUUAAAUCCCCAACUCCAAACAACUUUUAACUGACCUUAAGUAAGGUAAUAACACUCCUUUACUUAUUAGGUCACUAAUGGUUCUUUUAAAUAAUUCCAGUCCCAGUCAGUAAACUGACCGCAGAAUUUAUCGAAAAGAAAAUGGUACUGAAAAUAAUUUUACUGUAUCUUAUUUAAAAAUUAAAACGUUGGGCCCAAAGCAGUAGGAUUCAAAUGAUUACCGAUACUGAGGAUAAUCUC